CGAUCAGAUUCUUGAUCCAAUCAUCUCCGGCCUAGAAUGGACAUGUCCUCGCCAAGUGUCCGGAGACCUUCAUGGUUGCCUUUUCUUCACAGGACAAAGACAGGGAACGUGUCGAGUGCGAUGCAGAUCCCCGCUACUGCAGAAUGGCUGAACCCCAGCCAAAUGCCAAAGGCACAUGGAAAGUGCUGCGGCUGUAUGGCAGUGCUCGCUCAAGCAGGCGCCUUUUUCGGCGGCAGAGAAAGUUGCAAGGCUUUGCAAAGGCUCUCUUCCGUUUCUUCUUUGUCGUCAUCUUCAGCGUCGCAAGUGGAAGACGAGGCUCUUCUUUCUUCAUGUCAUAUUCUGCGAAGUCCUCUUGCACAGUGCCAAUCCAGCUCAACCCUGUCCAGCUCCGAAGAUGGCUCGUUUUGAGCUGCAUAGAAGAGUUCUUGUGGACAAGGGUCCCGCGCGCUGAAGUUGGGGCCCUUGCAAUGGGCCUUCCGCAAAAGUGGUCAUACCAGGCCAGGGCAUGAACAUGCCGCAGAGCGCCCAAAAAGCAGCGAAUAGAAUGGGCGAGCGAUUGAUUCAUACGGCGGAAUAUAGUCAUCUAAGGCAUGGCCAUGUUUAUUAAUAUGCUUGAAGUCAUGAAGACUCUA